GGACGGUGCACGCCAGUCAUUUUUUUUCCUCGCAGGGUUUCACCGCGUUCACCCACCGUUCUUCCAGAGCGCUUUUCCCCUCCAAGACGUGGUCUACACCGCUCCUUUCCUUCGAAUUUCUCGUCUGUCGACAACAAUCAUGGCCGCGACUUUGAUCCCAAGGAAGUUCCGGUCUACGGACGCGGAGGAAGAUGCUGAGCCUGGAUGGCUCAAGCGUCAAGUCACCAGUGGCUUGCAAUUCCUCUCUCGCCGUGCCUGUCUUCAUCCCAUUCACACGAUCGUCGUAUUCGCUCUUCUUGCCAGCACUACCUACGUCGGUCUCCUUGAAGGUAGUUUAUUCGACUCUUUUAGAAAUCCUAAAGAUGUUGCCGGCCAAGUGGAUGUGGACACCCUUCUUCAGGGUAGCAGAAACCUGCGUCUCGGGGAGAGUACCUCCUGGAAAUGGCAGGUGGAAGACACUCUGACUGCCCAAGACUAUGAUCAGACUGCUCAACAUAUGGCAUUGACGACCUUUAUUUUCCCGGAUUCCCUGUCGAAGUCAGCUUCCACCGGUCCUCUUGCCGAUGGUGUCCCGAUUCCUGCCAAUACCUCCGCACAACGGGUGCCUCACACGCCCAAUCUCUUCUCGCCUUUCUCCCAUGACGCGUCUCUCGUGUUCACACUUCCUUUCGAACAGGUCCCUCAGUUUUUGAAGGCAGUUCAGGAGAUCCCCGAACCCUCUGUCGACGAGGAUGGAGGAGAGCAGAAGAAAUGGAUUAUGCGGGCUGCUCGCGGUCCGGCUUACGGAUCCAGCGGAGCUCUCAAGCUUUGGCUGGCAGACGCAUGGGGUUCCUUCGUGGAUUUGGUCAAGCACGCUGAAACGAUCGACAUCGUCAUUAUGACUCUGGGAUACCUUUCGAUGCAUCUCAGCUUUGUCUCGCUCUUCUUCUCGAUGCGGCGUUUGGGCUCGAACUUCUGGCUUGCUACCACGGUUCUUUUCUCUGGAUGCUUUGCCUUCCUCUUUGGUCUUCUGGUGACCACCAAGCUUGGCGUUCCCAUCAAUAUGCUGCUUCUGUCAGAAGGUCUUCCGUUCCUGGUCGUAACCAUUGGGUUCGAGAAGCCGAUCAUUCUCACCAGAGCUGUCCUGAGCGCUUCAGUUGAUAAGCGCCAAGGUGUCCGGGCUGGCAAGACUGGUGGCCCAGUGGCUCCCAGCACUCCCCGGUCCAUCCAGGAUUCCAUUCAGACUGCCAUCAAGAAGCAAGGUUUUGAGAUCGUUCGGGACUAUUGUAUCGAGAUCGCCAUUCUUGUGGCCGGUGCAGCUUCUGGAGUUCAAGGCGGUUUGAGGCAGUUCUGCUUCCUUGCAGCAUGGAUCCUGUUUUUCGACUGCCUCUUGCUGUUCACUUUCUACACCACUAUCCUCUGUAUCAAGCUCGAAAUUACUCGCAUCAAACGCCAUGUCGCACUUCGCAAAGCCCUCGAAGAGGAUGGGAUUACCCAGCGUGUUGCGGAGAACGUCGCCGCGAACAAUGAUUGGCCCCAAGCAGGCUCGGAGAAUGAUGGAACAAGCGACGCCAGCCUUUUCGGAAAGAAGAUCAAGUCUAGCAAUGUCCGCCGCUUCAAGAUCCUCAUGGUUGGAGGAUUUAUCCUGGUCAACGUUGUGAAUCUCUCCGCCAUUCCUUUCCGCAAGUCAACUGGUCUUCCCCUGUUGUCGCGCGUCUCCAAUCUACUCGCUCCCACGCCGAUUGACCCUUUCAAGGUGGCCGAGAAUGGACUCGACUCGAUCUAUGUUUCCGCGAAGAGCCAGAUGAUGGAGACGAUUGUGACCGUCAUUCCCCCAAUCAAGUAUAAACUCGAGUACCCCUCUGUGCACUACGCUGCUUUUGGGGAGGGUCAGUCCUUUGACAUCGAGUACAGCGACCAAUUCUUGGACGCUGUUGGUGGCCGUGUCAUCGAAAGCUUGCUGAAGAGUAUUGAAGACCCGAUUAUCAGCAAAUGGAUUAUCGCAGCUCUGACCCUGAGCAUCGUCUUGAACGGUUAUCUCUUCAACGCAGCCAGGUGGAGCAUCAAGGAGCCUGAGACCGCCGCCCCUAAAGUGGAACCCCCGGAGCCCAAGGUUUAUCCCACAAUUGAUCUGAACAACCAAGAUGGCCCCAAGCGGACUGCUGGUGAAUGCGAACUGUUUUUGAAGGAGAAGCGGGCUGCCUACUUGUCAGACGAGGAAUUGGUUGACCUGUCAUUGCGAGGCAAGAUCCCGGGAUAUGCUCUCGAGAAGACUAUGGAAAAUGAGGAUCUAAUGAGCCGUCUCGAUGCAUUCACGCGCGCCGUCAAGAUCCGCCGAUCUGUCGUGGCCCGGACUCCGGCCACUUCUGGGUUCACGAGCUCCCUGGAAACUUCCAAGCUUCCUUACAAGGAUUACAACUACACUCUGGUCCACGGUGCCUGCUGCGAGAAUGUCAUUGGUUAUCUGCCUCUGCCUGUUGGUGUUGCCGGUCCCCUCACGAUUGACGGUCAAAGCUAUUUCAUCCCUAUGGCUACUACUGAAGGUGUCUUGGUGGCUAGUACCAGCCGUGGUGCUAAAGCUAUCAAUGCCGGUGGUGGUGCGAUUACAGUUCUGACUGGUGACGGCAUGACGCGUGGUCCUUGUGUCGGCUUCCCUACGCUUGCACGAGCUGCUGCUGCCAAGGUUUGGCUUGACUCGGAAGAGGGCCAAAGCAUCAUGAUGGCUGCAUUCAACUCUACCAGCCGCUUCGCCCGACUUCAACACAUGAAGACCGCUCUCGCUGGUACCUACUUGUAUAUCCGAUUCAAGACCACCACUGGUGAUGCUAUGGGCAUGAACAUGAUUUCCAAGGGUGUCGAAAAGGCGCUCAACGUGAUGGCUACUGAGUGCGGCUUUGAUGACAUGGCCACCAUCUCGGUUUCCGGUAACUUCUGUACUGAUAAGAAGUCUGCCGCAGUGAACUGGAUUGACGGACGUGGCAAGUCAGUUGUGGCGGAAGCUAUCAUUCCUGGAGAGAUUGUUCGCAACGUCCUCAAGAGUGAUGUCAAUGCCCUCGUUGAGCUGAACACCAGUAAGAACCUGAUUGGUAGUGCCAUGGCAGGAAGCUUGGGUGGUUUCAAUGCACACGCGUCCAACAUUGUCACUGCUGUUUUUCUUGCCACUGGUCAAGAUCCUGCCCAGAACGUGGAAAGCAGCAGCUGUAUUACUACUAUGAGAAACCUUGACGGCAAUCUUCAAAUUGCUGUGUCGAUGCCGUCCAUCGAAGUCGGAACCAUCGGCGGUGGCACGAUCCUGGAAGGACAAUCUGCCAUGCUUGAAUUCCUGGGGGUGCGCGGCUCUCACCCCACCAACCCUGGUGACAAUGCCCGUCAGCUUGCACGGAUUGUGGCUGCUGCAGUCCUUGCAGGUGAGCUGAGUCUGUGCUCUGCUCUUGCGGCAGGCCACCUUGUCCGGGCACACAUGGCCCACAACCGCAGCGCUGCUCCUACGCGCUCAGCAACGCCUGUGUCUGCCGCCGUCGGCGCAGCUCGUGGCCUUGCUAUGACCUCCUCGAAAUGAACGGGGCGUUUAAUGCAUUUGCAAUCGCCUCGCCGACCC